UACUUAUUUGUUGUUAUACUUGUUGCCUUUGCCAAUGAAAAUGGCUUGUUUUGAAAUCAAAUGUUUAACCGGAUUAUUUUAUUAAGUUCAUAAAUUAUAAAUAUAUUCGAAGUAUUCUUAAGCUUUCAGACUUUCUUUUGAUUAGUAAACAAAGUGUUUAUAAAAAAUCAAUAUGGCUUUGCCAGCAAAUUAUAGGCAAGCUCAAGUGGUUGCAGCUCCAACACCAAGUGUUUCACAGCGACCUCGUUCACAAGGCUCUAAUUCCAAUUCUUCAUCCUCUUCAAAUCAAACGCCUACAUCUAGUGCUAGCAGUCCUUUUGUACAAUCUCCUCAUGGCCAUCCAUCUUUCAGUCCUGUGAAGUUAGGAUCAAGGGGAUCUAGUGGUAUGCAAGUGAAAACAUUAUGUACCCCUUCAAUAAAUGAUAUUCUAGUUGUUGAAAAAAAUGCUGAUAGUAGAGUCCCCAAGCCACCUAAACCUCCGGAUAAGCCAUUGAUGCCAUACAUGAGAUAUAGUCGAAAGGUUUGGGAUCAAGUGAAAGCUCAAAAUCCUGAUUUGAAAUUAUGGGAAAUAGGAAAGAUUAUCGGACAAAUGUGGAGAGAGUUGCCUGAUGAAUCAAAACAGGAAUACAUUGAUGAUUAUGAAGCUGAAAAAAUAGAGUAUAACGAGGCUCUUAAAUCUUACCAUAACUCUCCUGCUUAUCAAGCAUGGGUUGCUGCAAAAGUGAGAGCUCAACAAGCAGCAGAAGAACGAGAAGCAUUGGAACGCAGUCCAGCCGCUUCUUUGAUUGCACCUCAGAAGAUGGAUGGAAAAAUGGUUAUUCAACCUACUGAAGACGAUGAUGAUCUUGAUGAGUUUUCAGUGAAGCAUGUUGCAUCAGCCCGCUAUUUAAGAAAUCAUCGGCUAAUAAACGAAAUUUUUAGUGACAGCGUAGUUCCUGAUGUACGCUCAGUUGUAACCACCCAGAGAAUGGCUGUUCUUAAAAGACAAGUCCAGUCUUUAACAAUGCAUCAAAAAAAACUGGAGGCUGAACUGCAGCAAAUUGAAGAAAAAUUUGAAGCAAAAAAAAGAAAAUUUUUAGAAGCAAGUGAACAAUUUCAAGAAGAGUUGAAAAAGAACAUCAGUAAAAGAGCACCUGCUAAGAAAAUUUGUCUAGCUUUUAAAGAAAUUUGGAGUCUUGAGGACCAGAAUUGUAGCCUUGCUAAAAAAUGCACUAAAGUUGUAGAUGAUGAUGCCUAUCAGAAAAUGGUGGAUCGUGCAGUCGACCAAUUGAAACGUGACAUUAUAAACCGCGAUAACCGUUCUAGAGGGGAAACUAGCACACCAUCAUCUCAACUUGAGCAGGCUGAGAAUGGGGAGGUGAAGGUUGAAAAAAUGGAUGUCCAGUUUACCUUGGAUGCAGUGAAAGCUGAAGUUGAUGGAAAUGAAGCACCUCAAAAGGAAAAUCAAAGUGAAGGUGAAACUAGUGCACUUUUGCAACCUAAGGAAGAACCACAGGGUGGAAUGUUUGCUACACAAGUUGUUCAGGAAAAUCCCCCUGUUCAACAGAACACUUAUCCUCCUGCAGCUCCACAACCGCAUAUACUUCAAGAAUCUCAUCAACAACAGCAGCAGCAACAUCCUUUGCAAACGAAUUAUUCAGAAGGCAUGUAAGCUGCAUAAUCUUAUCGAAUCCAUCAUAUUUCAUUUGCAAGAACAAAUUUGAAAUGAGUGAAGAAUUGAAUGAAUUUUGUACAUUUAUUUUUCAUUUUAAUAUAUUCUAAGAUUUCAAAUGUAUUCUUUUUGGUCUUCAUGAUUUGUUAUUUUAAACAAAGACAGUCCUUAAGAUAGUCUUAUUAAAAGCUCUUCAAUUAAA